AUGCGACUUUUAAGGAUAUCGCUGUUUUCUACGGCAGUUUUGGCAGCAUGCAAUGGUCAUGAUGAACUUUGCAAGCGCAAAUAUUCGGACAUCACUUUCGUUGGCACACACAACAGCGCUUUUGUUGGAGAACUUCCAGUUCACAACCAAUAUAUCUCGGUCGCAGAACAACUCGAUUUAGGCGUACGAUUCUUACAGGCUCAGACACAAGACAAGGAUGGCAAUAUACAAACGUGCCAUACUUACUGCUGGGAAGUGGAUGCUGGGCCAUUGCAGAGCUAUCUGAAAGAGGUAUCAGAAUGGAUGGGAAAGAACCCAGAUGAGGAUGUGACGAUUCUGCUGACGAACAUCGAUGCCCUACCAAUCGAAAAGUUCGACGACGCUUUCAAUAGUACAGGGUUGAAGGACAUUGCAUUUCGACCCAAGAAGAAGCUCUCCCGAGAUGAGUGGCCAACUCUCCAAAAGCUUCUUGACGAUGGAACUCGACUUGUUGUAUUUAUGGAUUACAACAUGGACGAGAGCAAAGUCGACUACAUAAUUGAUGAGUUUGACUAUUUUUGGGAGACGCCAUUCGGUGAAACUGACUCCUCGUUUCCAACCUGCGAGGUGGAUCAACCCGAGAAGGGGGAUCCAAUUCAACUCAUGGGAAUCAUGAAUCAUAUGUUGAACGACGAGGUCCUGGGCAUUGUAAUCCCAAAUCAAGUCGAUGCAAAGACGAAUUCAGAGGAUUCUAUCCAGAAACAGGUAGACCUUUGCGAGGGCAACUGGGGCAGGAGACCGAAUGUGGUUCUUUUGGAUUGGGUUAACGUUGGAGAGGCAAUGGUCGUCCAAAUAUCUCUAAAUGGUUUGUGA